UUUAGGUACAUGUGCUACGUAUGAGCAGAGAAAAAUAAUAGGGACAAAUUUAGUUAUUUAUUAGUUUGCUCAGAAAAAUAGAUAGAAGAAUAGAUCCCAACGAAAUUUUCUGAAAUUAAGAGCCCAUUUAUUGUUUUGUUGAAAUUAACUGUAUUACAUAACAUGUAAAUAUUUUUAUAUAAAAUGGAGGGCGGGAAACAUUGUACGGAAAGUGAAAAGAAAUAUAUUAAAAAAUUACUUAAUGCAUCAGGGACGCUGGUCUAAAUUUAAGAUAUGCAAGAAUUCUCAGAAACACAAGCAUCGUAUAAAUUGGAAAACUUUUGUACUACGACCUCGAAAUGCGGAAUUUAAACCUCAGGUAUACAUGAAAAACAAUUAAACGCGGAGGCGGAUCAAUAAUGUUAUGGAGAUGCUUUACGGCAGCUGGAGUUGGGCCUAUUUAUUAGAUACAAGGCAAAAUGUUUUCAACAGAUUUUCUCAACAUCCUUAAUAUUGUAAUACUGCCAUAUGCGUAGGAGUACAUGCCACUAAAGUGGGAGUUCAUGCAUGACAACGAGCCGAAACAAGCUUCGAAACUCGUAAAAUCGUGGACUCAUCGCAAUAAAGUUAACAUUAUGGAAUGCCCCUUCCUGUUCACGAAUCUCAAUCCUAUUGAACACCUAUUGGGAGCGCUGAAGAAAUCAGUCGGUGGACAAAAAUGGAAAAAGAAUGGUUGUUGUUGUUGUAACGGUUAUCUAGUCCCCUUUUGGAUGAUAAGUUAUAAGUUAAGUUUGGUUGGAGGCCCAAGAAACAAGCUGUUUCGACGGGGUCGGACAUGCAAAGAUGUGGUUAGUAUCAUGCGAGACUCAUUGCACGCAGGACAUAUGUUUGGAAUGUCGGGGUCUAUUCUGGAUAAGUAGGAGUUUAACUUGCUACAAUAUUCAGAACGAAGUUGGGCGAGCGUCACUCUGGUUAUGUUCCCAUAACCGGAAGCAUAAAGUGUUCAAUGUGCCGGCAAGCGAUUUGAGGAUUUUGUUGUGUCUCUGUACUUUGGCAGUUAUCGCGGAUAUGUUCUGAUCCAGUCUGUACUCCUUCGUUCAGUUUGUGAAAAUGGUCGCUGUGGAUUUAGUGGGGGAGAGUGUCAGACUCUUUGCAGAGAAGAAGCGUCGGAGAGGUAGCUGUUUACUUUCGAGCACAUGUAUUAAGUAUAUUUGUUUAAUUAUUACUAAUUUAAAAAGAACUAUUAUUAGGGCAUUAAUAAUAAAAAUAAAAUUAUUAAAUGUCUAUAUAUUAUUUUAUUCAUUUAAAUACCGACAAGGUAUUUUACGUACGAUUUUGUCGCACACUGUCGAAUUCAAGAUUUCUCUCGAACUAAACGCUCAAGUAUUACCUAUUCAACAUUUUAUUUGUGAGUUCUUAAUUUUUUUAUUACCUUUAGAAAAUAUAAAUAGGUUGCUCUGUACGAGCGUUUUUGCGAAAUAUUUUUAUACUUUUGCAACAUUUUGCUACAGAGUAUAAUAGUGUUGUUCACCUAACGGUUGUUUGUAUCAUCUAAAACUAGUCGAGAUAAGUAAGGAGAUAUGCUAAUGAAACCUGGUACACGGGUUCCUUGGUACCAGUGGUGCACAAAACGAAUUAAACGGAAAUCUAUAUAAUGUCUUAACUUAGCACUAAAUAUACAUGUUUCCUAAACCAGAGACAUUAAAUGUUACACCUAGAGUUAUACGAGAGAACUUUAUAGAACCUGGGAUCAAAAUACGUUAAAACGCAUAUCUCAGACCUACUCGACCGAUAUCGACCACAUUUGUUAUGUAAUAUUACAUUGACAUUCCUAUGUUUUAAUGCGAAAUCGGACUACAACCACGCCUAUUUCCCCAAAUAACACAAUUUUAAAUUUCAUCUCAUUCUUUCACUUUCCAGUAUGCAAAUCACGCACCAAUGAAUGAAUCGGGAUAAAAUUUUGCACGAAUAGUGCCUUUGAAGUGCGCCACCUUAUUACCAAAAAUUAUUAAGCUACUAAAACUUUUCAAGCCCCUAGAUACCGAAUAUGUGGACCGAAGUUCCUAUUUUAUUAUAGAAAUUCGAAGAGAACCCUUUUCUGAUAAUAACAUGUCGGUAUGUCAAAAAUGCGUUGUAUCCGGUCAACAUUUCCCUUAGCCCCCAUAUACCUAAUAGAAAAAUUUUCGAACUACCUGCUGACUUUAUAUUGGCAAUUAAGUAAGAUACCUUAGCAAAUUUGACUGAACGUAAAAUAUUGGAUAUACUAUAGUUUAAUGCCGAAAAUAUGUGAAAAUGGUUCACAAAUUACCCAAACUAUAUACUACAUACUUGUAUAUAUGUAUGUAUAUUGAUUUUCGUUGUUCUAGCAAACCUUAUGUACCUAAAGGUAUUUCCGUGGCUUUGAUCUUGACAAGUUGCUAGAGUAUUAAAUGUUCAGUUACACCCGAAUUUAGCCCUUCCUUACAUUUUUUUUAAAAUUCAUUUGUGUUAAUUGUUUUCAGUUUUUAUUUAUUUAUUUUUUUAGUUGCUAUUAUUUUUGGUUGUAGGUAUACUAACGAUACCUUAACCGACCAAUUUCUAGGUUGAUGUAUACACAGCUAAGGACUUAUUCUACUAUAUUAGUGAAUCACUGUGAUGCUGAUGAAUGUUUAUACAUAUAAAUAAGGCUAUGUAUAUGUUUAUAUACAUACAAUGAGAACAUAUUUAUGUAUGUUGCGAUUGGCAGUGAGUGGCAAAUUUCAUUUUGGCACAGACACAAGAGAGAACAUUCAAAAUAAAAGCAACAAAAAAUGUUGUGAAAGUUUUCGCUGUUGAUUUUACUUUGUUAUUAUUGUAUUCACUGGUUUACUAUUACCAUCAUUGUCAUUGUUACUAAUGUUGUUAACAUUGUUGUUGGUGUGGUUACUUUAGACGCGCCGCUGCGGCAACUAACUGUAUACGCUUGAGUGCGGCCAGCAGCGCGCCAGUCCGUCAGCCAGUCAGUGAGAGUCAUUUGUCGUGUCAGCCGUUGCCUGGGGUGUUGUCUAUGAUUCAGUUAGUUAAAGUCAGUCUACCAGUCGUGCUGUUUCGCUUAACUUGGCCAGUUAUUUCGGUAUAAGCGUUUGUGAUUCAAUUAGCUUUUUUUUUUUUAAAUAUAUUUACACCGAUUAUAGAUAUAAAAUGAGCACUCACAACAUCUAUUGUGUUCAUUAAAGCCUGUAUCUGCAGCAAGUUUAUCAUCUUUUGCAUAAAGGAAUCCUAAUAGGACACUUAAUCAAUGAAUAUGACUUCCACCGAAACUCGUUGCGGCCUUACCUGCAGCACUCGUCCAUCCAGCCGUGUUCUAAAGCCACCUGGUGGCGGUCACUCCAAUAUCUUUUCUGAGCCCGAGGUUGCCGUUAAUGCGCCACGUCCGAAAUACAAUCAACAAAAUUCUUCCAACAUGAAUGCUUGUAUGAAUUCGACGGAUCCGAAUAAAAAGGUGGAGAAACUACGUGAAGAGAUUACACAUAAUAAGCAAGCUCAAUCGGAGCCUGAAACACAAAAGGCUAACACGGCUGCCACCACACCUACUGGCGGUCCGGCUAGUCAGACUGGCGGCAAUGAACAACAGUCACGCGGGCGUGUGCCUCCCGGCGGUUUCUCUUCUGGUGGCUUCUGGUAAAGUGCCGGCAGUUGAGUAAAGUGUUGCGAUGCGAUAGUAGCACUUCACAAACAAAAUAAUCUAAAAUAAUUAACAAUAUUGUUUGUACGCAUCGUACAAAUUGCAACAACAAUAACAAUCGCAUUUACUUCGACUAUUCGCUUCUCUCCACACAAACAAAUAUAAAAUUACUUGCUACAGCGUCUCUAAGCUGCAGCAACGGAUAAUUAAAGAAAUUCAUAAAUUUCAAGUAUACUUCCUUCCUAAUCUAUAUGUAUUGCCUUUGUGUGACAAAAAUUAUUAUUAUUAUAAAUAACUUAAUUAAAGAUAAAAGCCAAUUACUAUCCCUUAAAUAAAAGUGCAGUGGGCGUGUGCGUGUGUCAGUUGAGCGAAAAUUUUGGCACUUUUUGCACUAAAAAUGAAAAAAAGUGAAAUUUGUUCGUAGUACUUUGUUCUCUUUGUCUAUUUUUGACUAUAGUGCUAUGACGCGUUUGCCAUGACAUUUGUAGAACUAUUUAUUGCCUGCGCGCGCUCACACUCUCGGCUCUUUUGUACUUAUAGUUAUAUUUAAUUUAUAUGUAUAUUCUGUAUGUUAUAUAUACGUGAACAAACCAGUUUCUAUAUAAAUUGGAUACUUAAUGCAUUUUCGGCUGACCUUAAGAAAA